GCCAUGGGACGUUGUUCGACUGCCGUGGCGGUCCUCGGCUUUGUCACUGCUGCGGCUGCGGCUGGUUGCCCCUUUGCAGACCCUGCUGCACUCCAUGCUCGUCAAGAUGGUGCCAUCACUGAAGAUAUACUGGGCCCGUACAAGGUCGACGAUAGUGAGGGCUACUUGACCGACGACGUCGGUGGUCAAAUUGGUGAUCAGCACUCCCUCAAGGCUGGUAGGCGUGGCCCGACCCUGCUCGAAGAUUUCAUCUUCCGGCAGAAGAUCACCCACUUCGACCAUGAAAGGGUCCCAGAGCGAGCUGUUCAUGCUCGUGGCGCCGGUGCCCACGGCACGUUCACCAGCUACGCAGACUGGAGCAACAUCACUGCUGCUUCCUUCCUGUCCGAGGCUGGCAAGAAGACCCCGACCUUCGUGCGCUUCUCCACCGUCGCUGGCUCCCGCGGGAGUGCUGACACAGUCCGUGAUGUUCAUGGAUUCGCCACCAGAUUCUACACCGACGAAGGCAACUUUGAUAUUGUCGGCAACAACAUCCCGGUCUUCUUUAUCCAGGACGCCAUUCGCUUCCCGGAUCUUAUUCACUCCGUGAAGCCGAAACCGGACAAUGAGAUCCCGCAGGCCGCUACCGCACAUGACUCUGCAUGGGACUUCUUCUCGUCCCAGCCCAGUACCUUGCACACUCUGUUUUGGGCCAUGGCCGGUUACGGGAUUCCCCGGUCGUACAGACACAUGGACGGUUUCGGCGUUCACACGUUCCGACUCGUCACGGACGAGGGCAAGUCCAAGCUCGUGAAAUGGCACUUCAAGACGAAGCAGGGUCGUGCCAGUCUUGUUUGGGAAGAGGCCCAGAUCAUGGCAGGCAAGAACGCUGAUGCUCAUCGUGCGGAUCUCUACGAUGCCAUCGCCUCUGGCAAUGGUCCAGAAUGGGAGCUUGCCGUCCAGAUCGUGGACGAGGAGAAAGCCCUGGCUUUUGGCUUCGACCUUCUUGACCCAACCAAGAUCAUCCCUGAGGAGUAUGCUCCAUUGACUAAGUUGGGUGUCUUGAAGCUGGACAGAAACCCAACCAACUACUUUGCCGAAACCGAGCAGAUCAUGUUCCAACCUGGACACAUUGUUCGUGGUGUCGACUUCACAGAAGAUCCCCUGCUACAGGGCCGCAUCUUUUCGUACCUCGACACGCAGAUCAACCGCCACGGCGGUCCCAACUUCGAGCAGCUGCCUAUCAACAGACCUGUCGUUCCUGUCCACAACAACAACCGGGACGGUGCAGGGCAGAACAUGAUUCACCAGAAUCUUUACCCUUACUCUCCCAACACCAUGAACAAGGGCUUCCCCCAGCAAGCGUCCCAUACCGAGGGACGUGGCUUCUUCACGGCACCUUCGCGUACAGUGUCCAACAACCUCGUCCGCGAACUCUCGUCUACCUUUGACGACGUCUGGUCCCAACCUCGGCUCUUCUACAACUCCCUCACUCCAGUUGAGCAGCAGUUUGUUAUCAACGCGAUGCGUUUCGAGACAUCCCAGCUCAAGUCCCAGACCGUCAAGGAGAACGUCCUCGCGCAGCUCAACAGGGUCAGCCACGACGUUGCUGUCCGUGUUGCAUCUGCACUCGGCAUGACGGCACCUGAUGCCGACGACACCUACUAUCACAACAACGUCACUGCUGGUCUUUCCAUUACCGAGGGCAAGCUCACUUCGAUUGCAACUCUCAAAGUCACCAUCUUGGCCAGCAUUGCCGGCGAUUCGGGUGCCAUGGAGCAAGCUGCACAAUUGAAGGAGCGCUUCACUGCCGACGGUCUUGUUGUUACGGUCGUGGCCGAGAAGCUUGCCGAGGGAGUUGACAAGGUGUACUCGGCGGCCGAUGCUGUUGAUGGCGAUGCGUUGGUUGUCGUCUCAGGCGCUGCCAAGGCUGGUCUUUUCAACAUCACCACCAAGUCUACUCUGUACCCUGCUCAGCGCCCGCUGCAGAUUGCCGCACAGUCGUAUCUGUACGGCAAGCCGGUCGCUUAUUUUGGAGCCGACCAGCCUGGCCAGCAGUUGGCAUCAUCUGGCUUCGACCCGGCACUCGAGGGUGUCUAUGUGCACGGUUCGCUGGACGAUAUUGUCAAGAACGUCGAGGAGGGCCUCAAGACGUUCAAGUUCACAUCACGCUUUGCAUUGGAUGAAUAGCGAAGACUAAGACUGCUUUGUGGCAGAAGAAGUAUACAAGAAUGGGCGACCUUUUAUCCAAUGUCUUCGCCAAUAGAUUAGCGUAACUCAGUCAGACGAAGUCUUAUAGAACAUCUUGGAAUUGGGGGCAAGAUACUUGCGCAAAGGACUGAUCGUGAUAUACAAAGAUGCAC